AUACUCCAUUUGUUUUUGUCAGAGCCUGUGCCCGGCCGUAGUAUACCCGUGUCAUUUAGGUUUUCAUUUCCAUAACGUAUAACUAUUAAGGUAAAUUAUGGCGGCGUCUGGUAAUACGGGUGCAUCUUCUACUGAUGGGACAAGUCGCACAAUUAUCUGGGGUGUACCCCGCACUGUUUCAACAGCUCUCAUCAAGUGUCUGAGUUUUAUUGAAGACAUCCAGGUUUGGUUCGAACCCUAUACCUACUGCAGAGUUGCCCAGGUGCACGCUGAACAACUGAUGGGUGUGGAUCUACCAAACGAAUACGAAGGGAAUGAGGAGGUAUACAGACGUGUGGCUGACUACUUGAGGGAACAAAGAUUGGGAAAUAUUACCAAGCCAGAAAAUAUUUCUUAUGCCUUUAUUGGUCGCCAGUUGGAGGCAUCAACAAGCCGCCAUGUCUUGGUCAAAGAUUUCGGUCUGACUGUAAACGAAGAACAGAGGCAGUUCAUACCAAAAGGUUUCAAGCACAUCUUCCUCAUACGCCACCCUCUCCGCGUGUUCGCCUCAACACGAAAAUCAAUUUUCAACCAACUCGUAGCAUCAGGUCUGCUAACUGGUGAAGCCGCGGUCGAAGAAAAUUUCAACUUGGACCGCGACUACAAAUAUGCAAACGACCCGACCGGAGCGAUGAUAUUUAAAGAUCUCUACGAUAUGUGGAAGUAUGUCCAAUGUGAACUCGGCCAAGAAACGGUAGUUUUCGACAGUGACGAUUUGCUGUCGAAUCCUUCCGAGAUGCUGCCGAAGAUCUGCGAAGCAGCAGGGCUACCAUACGACGAAUCUCUCCUGAAGUGGGAUGCGUCUUCUGAAGUGACGAAAACCUGGGUUGUCUAUGCCGAUGACAUCGUGGACAUGUUUGUGCACUUCUACGAUAUUGCUAUAAAGAGCAGCGAAUUUUUAGAUCCAGGCAGGAUGCCGUCACGUGACGAAGUUUGGCCUGACGUCAUCAGAUGUACCGAGACGGCUAUGAGAUAUUUUGAAGAAAUGUACGAAAAUAGAGUUAAGAUUUAAAUGAUGCUGUACUUCGUCCCUAUUCACUCUCUCAGAUUUACGUUUCCCUGGAGCCCCUUCCCUUAUUCCCCUCUCUCCCCUCCCUACUCCAUUAGUAGAAUAUAAAUAUGAUCAUACUAUGAUUAUAUCUUUAAAUGAUAUUUGUAAUAAAAGUAUUUACUAUUAACACAAUAUUAUAUGUACUGUAUGUAUAUAAACAUGAAAUAACUAAAUUAGUUUUCUUCACCUGAAAUAUGAGGAACAAAAUAAAAGGAAGCAAUAUUUUACUAUAACCAGUUCACUUUAUUUUAUGAGAUAUAGUGAAAUAAUAGAGAAAAUAAAUAAUGAUAAGCAAUAAAAUCAUAGCAUACAAAAUCCGUGUCCUUGUGCUAUGCACUCAGUAGAUGCAUUGUAUAUAUAUCAAAGCAAAUGAUUAUGUCAACAGUGCUACGCUACGUCAUAACAAAACAUUUUGCUUUCGUUCUCUCAUUUUAAUUACAUAUCAUACACCCAUUAAAAAAAGAAACGACAAGUCCGUUGUUGUUAUUCUGUAAUGCACUAGCGGAUCCAGGGGGGCAUAGCUGGCCCGUGCCCCCCCCCCCUUGAGAGGCAAAAUUAAAAAUAGAAGUGCGCCCCCCCUUAAAAUGAAGACCCUGUUUUUUUGUCAAACUUUUCCUCGGAAAAUGUGCCCACCCCCCUUUGGAAAAAAGGUGCAUUAUAAAUCGUCUAAAAAAGGGGUAUAUUUUUAUACGUUAAUUUUCAAUUAUAUUAUUAUUAGUGAUUGUAAUGUGUUUAGGCCUAUAUGUAUGUAUGCAUUUAUUUUUAUGUUGGAAAUGAAAAUGGAAAUUUAAUUCGAAUAUGCAACUGAUGCUGUAAUAAGUCAAUUAAAUAUUUCUCUUUUUCUACCUUCGAUUUCGUUUUCUUUUGCUGUUUUUUUUAAUGGUAAUCAUGAAAUCAUUCACAUAUUCCUUUUGCAUUAUUGAAUAUGCUUUUCAAGCCAAAGACAUCGAUAAGAUUGAUAGAGAAAAUAUUAAUCGAUAUUUAAAGUGAAAGUCAUACAUGUCUUAUAUCCCCUUCAUUUCUAUGAUCUUUGGACACUGAAUAAAAUUUAAAGUUUA